AUGAGUGGAAAAGAGGGAAACUUGAAUGAAAGAGAUAUUGAAGAUUAUCUUAGUAAGUUAGAAGGCGGUUGGCUCUCAGAAGAUGGACUUGAUGACCAAGAUUCCGACGAUGAAAACCGUGAUGCUGAUGAAGUUAUAAGAGUGUUGCAGGAGGAGAACGAUGAUGAUGAUGAUGAUGAUGUGGAUGAAACUGCUGACAUUGAUCCUCCUCUUGUAGAACCAGAAGAUCAAGAAUCCUCUCACCCAUCAACAUCAUCCAAUUUGCAUUCUUCAUCCAGUUUUCCAUUUGACAAAAGAAGCUUGAUUUGGAAAAAAAGGAAUCUGGUGUAUAUGAUACAGAUAAAAUUACUUUCUUGGGGAGUUCUACUGCUUCAGGCGGUCUAUCACACCUAG